AUGGGCGUCUCCAUGAAGGAGGCGGCCAAGUCCAUCCCCUGGGAGGAGAUGACCAGGAAAGCCCAGGCCAUGGCGUCGGCUGUGAAGAAGAAGAUGGAGGAGGUCCCCUGGGACGAGAUUGCGGAGAAGGCCAAAGCCACCGGCGUGUCGAUGAAAGAUGCUGCGGUUUCGAUGGGGCUUUCCAUCAAGGAGGCCGCAGAGGACAUUCCCUGGGACGACAUUGCCGAGCAGGCCAAGCAGUACGGUGUGUCCAUGAAGGAGGCUGCAUCAAACAUUCAAUGGGGCAGCAUGGGCAAGAAGUUAGAGAAGCUCGGGGACAAGCUUGGGGACAUGGCCGAGAAGGCGCAUGCAAAGGCGAGCACUUGGUGCUGCUGUGACACCGUCGACCGCGAGAGCGAAAUUACCCUCCAGCCGCCAACGGGCGCAAAAGCCAAGUGA